AUGAAGACGCCAGACCGGGAGCCGAUCCCAAGGCGCCGCUCAUCAACGCUGCACUACCACACUUUCGACACACCCCCGCCAAAAUCCCGCGGCAGACCAAACUCCGGCCAGUCCGCGUCGUCCGGCGAGGACUCGCGGCACCAUCACCAUGAUUCCCCCGAUGAAUCAGCGUCGCAAUCGCCCCUCCCUAAGAAGCAGAUGAUGGUGCUAGCAUUGAUCGCGCUGUGCGAGCAGACGGCCUUCAACUCGAUCAGCCCUUAUCUUCCCGACAUGGCGUCGUCGUUCCCCGAGGUGAAGCCGGGCAUGGUUGGUGUAUACGUGGGGAUGAUUGGGACGGCGUUUGCGGUAGCACAGUUGGUGACCAACUAUUUCUGGGGCUGGCUGUCAGAUCGGAUCGGGCGGAAGCCGGUUAUCCUGCUAGGCACGAUCUUGACCGCAGUGUGCUUCGUCGCGUUCGGGUUCUGCAGUACGUUGUGGCAGGCUGUUGCGGUGCAGGCGUUGAUGGGUGUUGUUAAUGGAAACCAGGGCUUGGUGUCGACUUGUCUAGGGGAAAUCACCGAUAAGAGCAAUCAGUCCAAGGCGUUUACCUAUCUACCGGUGCUCUACGGCGUCGGCGGCAUCACCGGCCCUCUACUGGGUGGCUUGCUUGUUUUCCGGGAAAAUCCGUUCCAAAAGGGAGAACCGAAUCCUUACCCGUACCUUUGGCCGAAUCUGCUGUCUGCCGCGGUUCUCAUGCUGGACUUCGGUGUCGCGCUGAUAUUCCUGGAGGAAAGUCUGGAGGAUGCGGAUACGAUGCCCAAAUUCGGCAAGAAAAUCCGUGACAUGUUUGCGUGGCUCUGGCAGAUUACCAGCUUUGCGAAGCGACCUAGGAGUGUACGGCCAGGGGACCAUCUUCCGUACCGGUUACUUCGCGAACAAUCAGGUGAGGAACAGGACCAUGAUAGUGACUUGGACUCGGCUUCAGAAUUAUCCGAUGACCACCACGGCCACGAAGGGUUGACACGAAGCGAACUCCUCAACCGAGAUACGAUCCUUCUCCUAUUGACUUAUCUCAUAUUUGCCCUGUGCAACAUCGCCUUCAACGCGCUGUUUCCUAUAUUUUCCCAAGCCGCGCCGCCUAUCGGACGUGGUCUUACUCCGUCUGAGAUCGGCCUCGCCCAGGGCUUCUCGGGCGUCGUAACCAUCAUCUUCCAAAUCUGCAUCUUCGGCCAGCUGCGAAACAAGAUGGGCAACCGGUGGUCUUACCGAGCCGGCCUCUUUGGUUUCGUGGUUGCGUUCAUCCUCAUGCCCUUCAUCGGUUACAAAGGCGAUGAUGCUGGGAAGAAGGGCGUAACAGGGAAGACAGCAUUCCUGGCCAUCGAGCUCUGCUUCGUUCUUUUAGUUAAGACCGUUGCCGCCGUUGGCGGGCUAACGAGCGCACUCCUCUUGAUCACAAAUUCCGCCCCCGACCACGCCGUCCUCGGCGCCCUCAACGGCCUCGCCCAGACCCUCUCUGCCGCCGGCCGCGCAGUCGGUCCCUUCCUCUCCGGCAGCCUGUUUUCCCUCGCCGCCCGCGUGCAACCAAAGGGCGAAGCAAUCCCCUUCGGCGUGUUUGCGGCCGUCUCGCUUGUGGGCUUCUUCCUCAGCUUCGGCAUCAAGGGCCGCGAGCUGGAGGCGGAGGGGUGGGAUAGCAACGAUGACGAUGAGAGUGCGAAGUCAGACGACGAGGACAGCUGA